AUGGGAUCACAAAAUACUAAAGCUCUUGCCGAAAGUGACCUAAACAGUAUUGAACACGCUGAACCUCAGAAAUUUUCCAACGAUGUUUGUAUACUCAUCUUUUCCUUCAUCAAUUCUGCAGAAAAUACGAAAUUUCUUGUCGAUUCUUGUUCGAAAGUUUGUAGCCAGUGGCGUCAAUUUAUCAAAUACGAAUGUGGCCUGAAAAUAGAUAUUCACUUUGCAAAAAACAAAGAAUUGAAGAAAAAACUCCGUGAUGGAUGUUUGAAAUAUUACAAUGUUUCAUCAUUGAAAAUUCGUCUAACUUCUCUUGUUAAUUUGAAUGGAAAAUCAAUGAAUUCCCUUUGUAAAGGAGCUAAUUCACAUUUACUGAGAGAAUUGAACUUGACUGGAACAGGAUGUGAUGCAGAGAGUUUCAAGAUUAUUGUAACAACUCUAAGAUUGGAAUCUUUGAAUUUUUCAUUUAAUAGUAUUAGUGAUGAUUCAUUGGUGAUAUUGAGCCAAAAUGAGGGAAUGAAAAAUUUGAGAGUUUUGCAUGUUUCUGGUGAUUUUACAAAUGAUGGCAUUUUGGCAAUGACAAAUAGUCCAUACUUGAAGAAAUUGGAAGAGUUUUAUGCUCAUUCACCUCUGAAAAAACUGUCAAUUAUUGCUCUUGUUGACACUUUCAAGUUGAAAGCAUUGGAAUUUAGAGUAACAAAAGAGAAUGAUGAGGUAUUUGAAUACUUUUCCAAAAAUGAGAAUUUAUCUCAAUUAACUUACCUCUCUGUUCAACCACAAACUUAUGAGUAUUUUGAAAGCAGCAUUUGUUUAAUAGCUAACAAUCCAUUUUUAACUAAAUUGAGAUACUUGGAUAUUUCUCGACUAUUAAUUGAAAACGAAGGAUUGGUCAAACUAUUCUCAAGUCAUAUCAUGUCAACAAUGAAAACAUUAAUAGCUGACUCCUGUGAAAUUAAAAAAGAGGAAGCUAUAGCACUUGCUUCCAAUAGACUUAUCAGAAACCUCACCUAUCUCUCCUUAGCGGAUAAUGGAAUUGGAUCUGGGUUUGAAGCAUUAAUAACAUCACCAAUUAUGAGGAAUGUCACAUCCCUGAAUGUAAGCAACAGUGAUCCCGGAAUAGGAAAUGUUGGCUGUUUAAAAAUUGGCUCUAGUGAAUAUUUGUAUAAUUUGACAUAUCUCAAUAUUUCCAAUAACAAAAUUAAUGAAGUUGGAAUUAUUGGACUUACAUUUGGAAAUAUGCUCGACUUGAAAGAGCUGAAUCUGUCACGAAAUGUCUUCUCAGAUGAAGCCCAUCAAUUGCUUGACGAUUGUAUUUUUCUGAAGCCAGUUGAGGUGGAUAAAUGGGGUUGUAAAUAUGAAACUAGAAAACCACAUCCAAUGAAAUAG